GAAUUAAAUCAGGAGUUGUCUAAAGUUUGUGAAGAAAUGGAGAGGGGUCAACUGUUCGAUUCUUUAUACGAUGAUGAGUUGUAUCAUCACUGUGCGAUGGUUGAAACACAGUUUAACAGUCAACCACUACAACUUGGAAGAGGAACGAAGCGAACGUGCAGCAAAGAAUCCAAGAUCAUUAAAAAACCAACAACGGAAGCAGAAGCGCAUACCUCUGCAGGGAACAGUAUCAGUAACGAUGAUCAAGUGGAAUGUCCAACGUGCCAUAUAUUUAUCAAGAAACGGUAUUUAGCUAAUCAUUUUAAAAGUAAUGUUCAUAAAAAUAAUCUUUUAAAUUCACAUAAUUCUUUAUCAAACGUUAGUGUUAUUGAAUCUGCUUUUGGAAAUAGGAUUUUAACUUAUAAAAUCAAGAGUAGAGUAGAUCGUUCGACAUGGGUAAAUUUUGAAACUCCUGAACUAUUUUUAAAUUCUAUUAAAGAUGAUAUUUUAUUUUUAUUACAAGAGUGUAUUCAUCAACACAUAAUUUUUAAGGUAAACUUCAUAUUGCAUGCUGAUUUUGUUCAACAAACUAAAGAUAUUCAUGAUACGUUCGAUUUUCAAACGCUUAACUAUAUUAUUUGUCAAGGAGAUGACUUAAAUAUUUUUCUUUCAUCUUUAAAUGAUACAAUUACUACUAAAAUUAGUGCUUUCGAAAAAAAAGAUAGUGGAUGGAGUCUAAAAAACAUAAAAUCUAUAGACAUGAAUGUUAAUUAAUUUAACCCCCUACGCGGUACUUCAUACAUAGAUCUUCCUCGUGACAUAAAAUUAAAAAAGGCUGUUAUAAAUGUAAAAAACAAGGAUUAUUUUUGUUUUAAAUGGGCGUUACUCUCGGCGUUAUAUCCUGUAAACAAACACACCGAUCGGGUAUCAUCGUACGUUAAACAUGCAAAUAAACUUAAAUUUGAUGGUAUUUCCUUUCCGGUUAAAAUUUCUGACAUAGCAAAAGUAGAGAAAUUAAAUGAUAUUAGUAUUAAUGUUUUUGGGUUAGAAUAUAAUAAAGAAAAACGAUGUAAUUCUAUAGUAGGUCCAUUAUUUUUAACAAAGUGUCGUAAAGAUAGACAUAUCAAUUUAUUAUUUUUUUCCAAGGAUACAAAAAAUCAUUAUUGCUAUAUAAAAAAUUUAUCGCGGUUAGUUAGUAAACAAAUUUCAAAAGACGGUCACAUCAUGUACAUUUGUGAAGCAUGUCUACUUCGUUUUCCAUCUCAGGAAAGGUUAAAUAACCAUGAACAAUACGAUUGUGCCCACAUUUGUACAGUAUUACCAAACAGUGAAACUUUAAAAAAAAAGAAUUGGUUUGGUCAACCUAUUUCAAAUAAUAAAAUUAAAUUUGAUAGUUAUGAAAAAAAGUUAAAGAUACCAUUCGUAGUUUAUGCUGAUUUUGAAGCAUUUUUAAAACCAAUAGAAUCAUGUUCUAACGAUCCUUCCAAACCUUUCACUCAUAAUAUUCAGAAACAUGAAGUACAUAGUUUUGGAUAUUAUAUAAAAUGUUCAUAUGAUGAUAAAUUAUCAAAAUAUGUAACAUAUUGCGGACCCAACUGUGCACAAGUGUUUAUGGAAAGUUUAUCUAACAAUCUAAAAGAAAUAAAUAGACUUCAAAAAUAUCCACCACUUCCGCUAACAAAUGAAGACAAAAACCAAAUUUCAAUUGCAACCAUUUGUCAUAUUUGUGAAACUGAGUUGGCAAAACAUUUUUAUGAUUUUGAUUGGUACACUGGUAGUUUUAUAGGUGUUGCUCAUGAAUCAUGUUGUUCGAAGAUCAGAACACCUAGUUAUAUACCAAUAUUUUUACACAACCUUAGUCACUAUGAUGCUCAUUUUAUUGUUCACGCGUUAAACUUUUGUGAUGGUGAAGUCGAAGUUAUCCCUCAAAAUAAAGAAAAAUAUAUAUCCUUUUCCAAAAAAUUAAAAGUGAAUAACCACGAAAUUAUAUUGAGAUUCUUAGAUUCAUUUAAGUUUUUAUCGUGUAAAUUAGAAGAAUUGGCCAAAAAUCUCAGUAAUGAUCAAUUUCAAGAAUUACGUAGAAAUUACCCUAAUGAUGAAGAUUUCUUUCGUUUAAAACGGAAAGGUGUUUAUCCAUAUGAACUUAUGACUAAUUAUGAUAGUUUAAGUCUAACAUCGCUCCCUGAACAAAAAUGUUUUUAUAGUUCACUCACAGAUUCACAUAUUUCAAAUGAUGAUUACAAUCAUGCUAAAGAUGUUUGGGAACAUUUUGGGUGUUGUAAUAUGCUAGAUUAUUCAAACCUGUAUUUAAAAACAGACGUUUUACUUUUAUCCGAUGUAUUUGAAAACUUUAGAAAGUUAUGUAUUAAUACAUAUGAUUUAGACCCUGUCCAUUAUUACACAGCACCCGGUUUAAGUUGGGAUGCAAUGUUAAAAUAUACAAAAAUAGAAUUAGAACUUUUAACAGAUUAUGAGAAAAUUGCAUUUAUUAGAUCAGGUAUCAGAGGUGGUGUAUCUCAAUGUAGUAAUCGUUAUGCUAGAGCUAAUAACAAAUACAUGGAGGAUUAUGAUACAGGGAAACCAAAUUCAUAUAUCACAUAUUUUGAUGCCAACAAUUUAUAUGGUUGGGCUAUGUCUCAAUAUCUUCCUACUGGUGGAUUCGAAUGGGUAAAUCCAAAUACAGAAUUUAAUGUGUCUAAGACAUCAGACUUCGGUUUUAUUUUAGAAGUUGAUUUGGAAUAUCCAGAUGAACUUCAUGAUUUACAUUCGGACUUUCCUUUAUGUCCAGAAAACAUUUGUGUAGGCAAUAUUAAUGAGAAUAAACUAGUCCCAAAUUUAAAUAAUAAAGAUAAAUAUGUAAUUCAUUACAGAAAUUUAAAGCAGUGCAUAGAAAUGGGGGUUAAAUUAACUAAAAUUCAUAGAGUUUUAAAAUUUAAACAGUCUCCCUGGUUGAAGAUGUACAUAGAUCUAAACACAAAAUUAAGAACUUUAGCAAAAUCAGAUUUCGAAAAAGAUUUUUAUAAAUUAAUGAAUAAUUCAGUCUUCGGUAAGACUAUGGAGAAUAUUGAAAAAAGGGUUAACAUAAAAUUAGUUACGCACUGGGAGAACCAGGGUAAAGCUUUAGGUGCUCAAGAUCUAAUCGCUAAACCACAAUUUCAUAGCCUUUCAAUAUUUUCGGAAAACCUAGUUGCGGUUCAGUUGCGAAAAACGAAGUUAAUAUAUAACAAACCAAUUUAUUUAGGGUUUUGCAUUUUAGAUAUUUCAAAAACAUUAAUGUAUGAUUUUCAUUAUAACUAUAUGAUUAAAAAGUUUAGUAAAAUCAAAUUAUUGUAUACAGAUACGGAUAGUUUAAUAUAUCAUAUAUUUACAAAUGAUUUUUACACUGAUAUAAAACCUGACCUUUCAUCGUACUUUGAUACCUCAGAUUAUGAUACAAAUAAUAUUUUUGAAUAUCCAAAAUUAAAUAAAAAGAAAUUAGGUUUUUUUAAAGAUGAAAAUAAUGGUAAAAUCAUGAAAGAAUUUGUGGGUUUACGAUCCAAAAUGUACGCUUUUAACUUAGAGAAUAAGACUAUAGCCAAGGCAAAAGGGGUAAAUAAAUGUAUCACUAAAAAGAUGACAAUGAAUAGUUAUAAGUCUUCUCUAUUUAAUAAAAAAGUGCAAUAUUAUAGUAUGCUUAGAUUUAAAUCAAUUAAACACACAAUUUUCACACAAAAAUUAAAUAAGAUAGGUUUAUCAUAUAAUGACACAAAGAGACAUAUUUUAGAUAAUAAUAUUGAAACAUUAGCUUGGGGUCAUUAUAAACUGCGUUAAGUGUUGAUAGUUUUUACUUUUAUGUCUGCGUUUAAGAAAAAUUUAUAUUGAUUGUAAAAUUAUGAUAAUACUAUAAUAUGGCGUAGUUUAUUACAUAUUUAAUCAUUGUUUUAUUGUAAAUAAUUUAAGUUAAUUGUUGUUUCUAUUUAUUUGAGGUUGAGUUAAUUGUAAAAUUAUGAUGUACUAAUUGUGUUAGAAAUAGUAUACAGAUAAUUCUGUUUUAUAUAAUUUUUGGAAUAUAUAUUAAUUGUUUACACC